AUGGACAAUGCACAAGAUGCUGUCACCAACGAAAACUCAACCAACUAUCACAGUUCUUCGUACUACUACAGUUCCUACUACAACAGCUACCCGUACCACCACAGUUCCUACUACAACAGCUACCCGUACCACUACAGUUCUUACUACCACAGCUACCCAUACCAAUACAGUUCCCAAUACUACAGCUACCCGUACCAAUACAGUUCUUACUACCACAGCUACCCGUACCACCACAGUUCCUACUACAACAGCUACCCGUACCACUACAGUUCUUACUACCACAGCUACCCAUACCAAUACAGUUCCCAAUACUACCCGUACCAAUACAGUUCUUACUACCACAGCUACCCGUACCACUACAGUUCUUACUACCACAGCUACCCGUACCACUACAGUUCCUCCUACAACAGCUACCCGUACCACUACAGUUCUUACUACCACAGCUACCCGUACUAUCACAGUUCCUAUUACCACAGCUACCCGUACCACCACAGUUCUUACUACCACAGUUACCCAUACCACUACAGUUCCCAAUACUACAGCUACCCGUACCACUACAGUUCCUAUUACCACAGCUACCCGUACCACUACAGUUCUUACUACAACAGCUACCCGUACCACUACAGUUCCUACUACAACAGCUACCCGUACUAUCACAGUUCCUAUUACCACAGCUACCCGUACCACUACAGUUCUUACUACCACAGCUACCCGUACUACUACAGUUCUUACUACCACAGUUACCCAUACUACUACAGUUCCUACUACCACAGCUACCCGUACCACUACAGUUCUUACUACCACAGCUACCCGUACUACUACAGUUCUUACUACCACAGUUACCCAUACUACUACAGUUCCUACUACCACAGCUACCCGUACUACUACAGUUCCUACUACCACAGCUACCCGUACCACUACAGUUCCUACUACCACAGCUACCCGUACCACUACAGUUCCUAUUACGACAGCUACCCUUGCCACUACAGUUCCUACUACCACAGCUACCCGUACCACUACAGUCCUAGCUAUCAGCACCUCACAUACCCAUAUGGCUCCUUUGAUAUAUCCGGCAGUGCUGCCUAUCCUUUGAUUGGUCGGGUUGUUGAAGACUAUUACAAUGCCAGAUCUGACAUGAACACCGAUAUGUUGAAAAAAGACUACCUGGCCAACACUAUAGUGAAUGCGCUACGCACAGGAACGUUGACCUACUUCGGCCUUCCUCCUGACCACAUCCGCAAGCGGGAAAUGCCGGAGAAAAAGCGCCAGGCAAAACUGCUUGAACACAUGAAAGAGCUAAACCAACAACAACAACAAAUAGAGAAAGAGGCUUAAAUACGUCUGAAAGCUUUUGCCUGCGACUGACACCGACGUUGUGGCCUCAACUGAACAAACAGUCAAAUUAAAACCCCUUACUAACUUACACGUUUCGUGUACAUCACAGUCUCGAUAUCUGAACUGAACUCCAAUUCUUAUUCCAUCUCAUAAUUUCUUCUUUGUAUGCGUGUCUCUAAAAUAAACUUAUAGUUGUA